UUGCACAAUCAAAUCUAUAGUUAUGGAACGCGAUUUUCAGGCGUAGGAACAAUCAAUGUGGCCAGCACCGAGGCAUACGUUGUAACCAAAGGCAAAAACCAUUCCAACAUAGACGCUGACAUACAUAAAGUCAUUCCAAAUAAAUACGAAGAGAUAGCAGAAGACGCUAGAAAGAAGCUCAGUGGCUAUAAGCGGUACGAUGUACGCCAAAGGCCGCACUCAGCCAGGGACAAUGGUCUAGAAAGCUUAGUCCUUGCUAUAAACACCGGGGCAAAACUAAAUAGUCCAGAAAUUGGAAGGUCGAACUUUAUGCAGAAGCUGGAGAAUUUGUUAGUCGAUUUUCUGAAGGACGACCGAGUUAACACGUUUUUCAGAUCAAGAACAGACACGUAUAAUGUCAAACCAGAAAUCGUGCAUUUCAGAAGUGGUAAGCCCUCCCUGAUGGUGGAGGUCAACUUUGAACACAUUUUGCGUGCCCUUAGAGACGCACUUAACUCCAAGAAGGUCAAACAGUAUGCUGACAAAUGGGCGCAGAAGGCUGCACUGGUCUAUCGUGCCAUUAAACAUGAAUUGCACAAAGAAAAUCGACCCAAAGAAUACCUAUAA